AGAUGAUGAUGAUGAGGAGGAGGAGACCAUAGUUAUACCCUCACCUUCAAAAUGGGCAGACAUUAUAGGAGUAUCAGGGCCACAGGAUAUUGAUGCUACACGGAGGAUACAAUAUGAACAAACAGCACCUGAACAAUAUAAAAGGGCUCGCUCAGAAUCAGUAUCACCUCAACAAUCCCACAACAAAAAACCAAAUUUGGACUUAACACAUGAAGAUGAAGAGGAAGAUGAAGAUCUAGGAAGUGAAGUGGACGAUUAAUUUAAAUAGAAAAGUUAAUGCAUGUUAUAGUUGUUAAGAGUGAUGUGUUGUGUAAGUGUCAGUAAUAUAGACUAGUGAUAGAACUUAAAGACUAAAGUGAUAGUGAACUAUCCCGGGGGAAAGGCAUGUCAUGUACCCCACUUGGGGGUAGAUCUGAAAAACCAGUCUGGACACGUCAGGUGAGUCGGCACGCGUGCUCUCCCGGUAUUCCCGAAUAUCUACGUAUACAAUAAUUUUCUUACAGGUCAGACAGCAGAUGACCACGAACAAGUUUUAUCGUCAAACAUCCCCGGGACUAUGGGACAGGAGCAAGUGCGAUCGGUGCGCCUUCGGCUGUACCGCGAGGGUUUCACAGUGGACAACGGCCCGCUGCGUCACUAUACCGACCCUGAGAAUGCCGAGUUCCUUAACUGCAUUAGAAGAGGAGAGAUGCCAACGGAGCUGGCGGGCGAGGGCGGCGGCGUGCGCGUGAGCCUGGAGGACCGCUGGCACGAGGAGUACGCCAGGGCGCCGCCCAAGACGCGCGCCUUCGCCGGAAAGGGACAGAUGCUGGGCAGCCCAACUCCAACGACGGUAGGCGCGACAGCGCCGGUAGCCGCCGACCCCAAUGAUCGCGCCGCCAACCAGCGCGCCGCGCAGGAAGCCAUCAACCUCGACGAGGCGCAGCCCACCACUACCAUACAGUUCCGCCUAGCCGACGGCAGCCGUCUGACCGGUCGCUUCAACCACACGCACACCGUGUCCGACCUCGUAGGCUACGUGGCGCGCGCCGAGCCCGCCUACCAGCUGGCUCCCUUCGCGCUGCUCACCGCGUUCCCGUCGCGCGAGCUGGCCGAGCCUGCCGCCACGCUGGCCCAGGCCGGCCUGCUCAACUCCACGCUGCUGCAGCGGCUCAAGUAGACAAUAAACGCGAGAGAGAAAUAUAGCCGUUUUAUUUCAGUACACAAAACAAAAGACUGGACGCUAGGGCACUGAGACACGCCAUGGGCACGCUGCACGGCUCAAGUAGGAGAUAAUAAACGCGAGAGA